GAUAUUAAUUCAUAUACUCUGAAUGAUAACAUUAAUCUUGAUGAUUCUAAAAAAUCAAAUGAUUCACAUACUUUAACCUAUAGAUAUUAUAAUCAAGAGACAUUGUUUGUACAAAAUGAAGAUAUUCCAGAAUCUCAAUUUACUUCUUUUAUUCAACCCAAAUCAAAUAAU